AUGUCCUCCUUCGCACAGAAACUCGGUCAGCUAGUCGAUUCCACGUGUGUGGGUUUCGCUUUGACUUUGUGCAAAGAUGUGGGCAUCUUGCAAGUUCUGUUGGACGCCCAGCAACCGUUGACAUCCCACCAGAUCGCUGACGAGAGAAGCUUGAAGGAGAGAUACGUGCGUGAACUUCUAGACAGUCUGGCUGCAGCGGAGAUCAUCCGUGUGUCCACUAGCGAGUCCGGCUCUCUGAUCUACUAUCUGGAGGAAGAUGAGAAAAAGGCAUUCAAGACGCACAUUAAAACUCGUAUGUCCUUCCCCAUAGCCAUGGUAAAAGUCUACGACCACCUAAAAUCUUGUCUUAGCAUAACCGGACCGUAUGGCUACAGGAUGUCAGCAGAGUUCCACGAUGUGGUCGAGGAGUAUGGUCCUAUCCAGUUUGAGGUCUAUCUAGCAGCUUUCAUGAAGUCUGUGGACGGUCUGAAGGCACAGCUUGAAAGCGGCAUUGACGUCACGGAGGUGGGCUGCGGAAGAGGUCGCAUGUUGGCCAAGAUAGCACAGAUGUUUCCAAGAAGUUCUUUUACAGCCUCGGACAAUGUUGAAUCCCUGCUGAACUACCAGAAAGCCAACUUGGGCCACAUCCCCAACGUUGAAUACGACAUGCUUGAUCUGUGCUGCCCGAGUGGACCCCCCAGCAAGCAGUACGAUUGGGUUUACUGUGUCAAUGUUAUCCACGAUGUCCCAGAUCCUCUAGAAGCGCUGAAGACCGUCAGAAAACUGACCAAACCUGGGGGAGUUUUCACAAUGAUUGACUUCGCCACAUCGGGCAGCCCCAUCGGGGAUAAAGGAAACAUGUUGGUGGCAUGUAUGUAUGCAGUUGGUACCUUUAUGUCCGUGCCCGAGAGCUUCCAGAGAGAAGACAGUCAGGCCAUGGGUUGUUGUUGGGGAAAACAGAGGGCGGUAGAUCUUGCCACAGCUGCAGGGUUUACAGUGGAUGUUGUUUAUCUUGAAUAUCCAGUUGCACUGUUCGUUUGUAAAUAA